AUGUGUCACCGUUCUCAGCAAGUCUUACGACCACAAGAACCUCACUUCUGUCCUCAACGCCAACCUCAGGUGGCGAUUUUUACCGGCUUAGCGGCGCCUCACCGUUUCAAUCCACAACUCUGGCCACAUCAACAGCAGCAGCAACAGCAUCGGAACGACAAACGAAUGUUGAGCUCCGACGACCGGAAAUUCGCUGAUUGGAUUUCCACUGAAAAGUUCCGUAAUCCGGUGGGCGUUCUGUGUGCUGGCGGAAUGUUGAAAGUAGCGAAACGCUGCGAUUGGAUUCCGAGCGAACUGAAAUUUCGUUUGAAUGUCGUCACGGAAUGUUGUUUACAGUUGAUCUAA